AUGUCGGAUGUGAAGGCUUGCUUGGAGUAUGUCGUCUUCCUUGUGUCUUCGAUAAAACCAUUCGAUGAAAUCAGUGGGGAACUGCUGCCCGCCACAGAGGCUAAAGACACUGGCACAGUUAGUCAAGGUGAAGCUACUGCUGGACCUGGCGAAACAGUCGAAGAGACAGGUCAACAAGACGAUGAGGAGUAUGAUCCACUUGAGAGCUCAGUUGUUGAAGGAUUCGAAAGUUAUGAUCUGGUAUCUUCACAAACGCCAGAACUCGACAUGCACGAAUUACCAGCUGAGGAGCGUUACUCGCCUACUACCGCUCAACCAGUAUCGCCCAUGGACGAGGACGAAGAGGAAGAGGAAGUUGUCGAAGACGCAGACAGCGACGUUCAGUCUCUGAGUGAUGACUCUGAAGAGGAAUCUGAGGGAGAAACCGAUAGCGUCUCCAAACAAACUUUCCUGCGAACCGAUGGUUCCGGAAACAUAAUAAAAGUCGUACGACGUACUCCGAAGAAGAUGCCAUAUGAUGAAGAAUACGAGGAAGAAGAGGUUAUACAACCGAUGGAUAGCUUUCAUGGAGAGCCUGUGCCCGAUGAUGAUGAUCUCUUUGAGGUCGCGGCUGGAAUCAAGCCAAAACGUAAAGAUGAAGUGGUCAUUGUUGAGGAAAAGGUUCCUGUCUCUACAGAGGAGUUUGAAAUAGAUUUUUACAACGGCGAUCUUCAUUUGAAAGGAGCUCCGGAUAAUGACUGGAUAAUCGAUCCCGACAAUCAAGAUGGUUUGGCGCUCGUUUGGGGAGGUGUUAAGAGCACUCAUGGAAUCUUCCGGUCAUGCCGACAAUCGGACGGUACCGUCGAUGAAGGCGGUUCUGAUGAGAACGCUGUUAAGUCCAUAGCAUUCCAGGUUAAGAUUUUGGAUUUGCUUCCGACAAGGCAUUUGCCUUUUGACGAGUUGGAUCCCAAUGACAUUCGUGUGGGUUUCUCCCUUCGAUCAGCCCCGCUUGUGCUGGGUGAAUAUCCAGGAACGUAUUGCUUUACGUCGCUGGGUAAGAAAGCGAAUAACAACAUAUUCACAGAUUAUGGCGAACCAUUCACUGUUGGAGACAUUGUUACUGCUCAAAUG